AUGAUCGAAGAAGAAUGGAGAGAGAAUUUUAGAAUGUCUAAAACGUCAUUGCUGAAGCUAUCCGAAGAGUGGAGACCGUACAUUGAAGGAAAAGAGACCAUCAUGCGUUCUCCUGUGGAUGUUGUGAAGCAAGUUGCCUUAACUCUAUAUUAGGGACCUUACGAUCCGACAACGGCGACGGCAACGGCAACGUGAGAAGUCUGGGUCGAGCUGGGCCACGUCGUGUUGGCGUUCCCGCCAAAAUUGAGAUUACGAAUUUUACGAGCGAGAACGUUGACGACGGUCAGUGAUGUUUAUCGUGUUUAAGUCAACGAAAGUUUUUUAGAAAGCCAUGCCAAAGUUCCGUGACACUAUUCUCCUGGCUCAUGCUUCCCGUUUGAUUAACGCUGAAGAAUUCGUGCUACUCUACGAUUUACACAAGCCUAAAAUUAAAGUUAGUGUACGGAUUUACCGUACACUAACUACGAGUGCUUCGAUCUCGACAAGAUGACCGAUGAUGAAUGUAAAACUGAGUUUAGAUUUUACAAGAAUGACAUUUACAACUUGGCAGAAGUGUUUACUUUACCGGAUCGGAUCGUUUGCUACAAUAGUGUAAAUGUCGACAUGGUUGAGGCAUUGUGCAUUUUUCUUAAAAGAUUUGCCUAUCCCUGUAGAUACGUAGACAUGAUACCCAGAUUUGGAAGGCCAAAACCACAAUUGUGUAUGAUCUCAAAUGCUGUUAUGAACAAGAUGUAUCAAACAUGGAACCGCCUUCUCAUUGAUUUGAACCAGGAUUGGUUAAGACCCGAUCAUUUAGAGGAGUUUGCCGUUGCAGUUCACAACAGGGGAGCUGCUCUUGAAAACUGUUGGGGGUUUGUUGACGGUACUGUGAGGCCCAUAUGCCGACCAGGACAAAACCAAAAGUGCUUAUACAAUGGUCACAAAAAAGUCCAUGCUAUAAAGUUUCAAUCUAUCGCAGCACCCAGUGGCCUUGUUGCCAACCUGUUUGGGCCUGUCGAGGGAAAGAGACAUGACAGUGGGAUGUUAGCUAGAUCUGGAGUGUUAAACCAAUUGCAACGAUUUUCAGUGGACACAAAUGGGAACCCCCUAUGUAUUUAUGGAGAUCCGGCAUAUCCUCUUCGACUACAUCUGCAAGGACCUUUUCGAGGAGCUGGACUAACUCCCAUACAGUCUGCAUGGAAUGAAUCUAUGAGUGAAGUCAGAGUUUCUGUUGAAUGGAUUUUUGGUGAUAUAAUAAAUUAUUUUAAAUUUCUGGACUUCAAAAAAAACUUGAAAAUAAGUUUAAGUGCUGUUGGCAAAAUGUAUGUGACAUGUGCCCUUCUUCACAAUGCUCGUGUUUGUUGUUACGGAUCCACCACAUCAGACUACUUUGAUGUUUCUCCCCCAGAAAUUGGGGAUUAUUUUCACUAAGUCUGCCAAACAGGUUUUACAAAAGUUACAUAACACUUUUCCUUUCGAAAAUUGAACUGCUUUUUAAUAAAAAAAAAUUAUGCAAUCGAGAAAGGCUAACAUAUUGGAAUUAAAGUGAAAUAAAUGCCACCAAAACAAACUAUUAAAUGAGAACAAAUAAUGGUGAGCAUGUUUACAGAGAGUAAUGCAAUUCUAUAGUUGGAUAAGCCCUAUUACCUUGAUAAAGGCUCAGCCCCAGUUUUGAUACUGGCAUAACAUCAAUUCGGUGACUUUCAAAGGUUGGCAAAAUUAAGCAACAUUUCCUUUACAACUAUAUAUGUAAACAAGUAAUUAUUAUUAUAAAUCUUUAAUUUUUAACUUCCUUGAAAAUGUUCAAGUUAAUAAAAAUGUGAACUCUUUGUGCAUUCAAAUGACCUCUUGCAGAGAUUGACCAGCAUCACUUCCCAGCAAACUUUUUCAUUAGUUCCAUAAGUGCAAGGGUUUGUUGUUGGUGCUGUUGCAUCAUGUUUGCAUUCAUUUGCAUAAACUGCUACAUUUGCUGCUGCUGAAGCUGCUGAAUAUCUCUAGUUUGCUUGUUCAUCAUAUCAAACUGCUGUUGUCUUCCUUCCUGCUCCUUUGCUUGCAGUGCUAACUCUUGCCUUUUUAUCUCCAAUUCAUCACGUUUUAAAGUAGCUUCUACUUCUGCCCUAUCCUUCAGGUAAGCCAGAGUGCUUGCACCACUAGCUCUACCCUUUUUCGGUCUUGCUCCUUGCUGUUCAUCGGCAUUCCUUUUGGCGCUAUCUUUAAAAGUUUCCAAUGAUCUCUUCCGCAUUUCCUCUGCUUUCUUUGCUUCUUCUUCCUGCUUUUGUUUUGUUUGAUCUGUGAUUUUGUCAGACUCAUCAAAGAGUUCAAUGGUUUCAUCUAACAGUUGAUCUAGUUCCUUGUCCUCUUCAGGGGCAAUACCUGAGGCUCUGUCUUCUUCCCUGACUUUUUUCCUUCUUCUCUUUUCCAUUGUUGAAUAGUGGUCACGAACAGACCGUUGAGUAACACGGAAUUGGGGAUAAGGAAUAGCAUUUAAGGAUACUGCCAGCUUUUCCCAAUCAUCUCCUCU